GUGACGCAAGCCCAAAGCCAUUUCCGGCGGGACGAAACUAGGAAGAAACUUGGAGCUGCCGUGGCGCCGCUGCCGCCCAUCUGCGAGGCUUCUGUGCCCCGUGGCCCGGGCCGCGCCGAGCUGUCGGAAGCUCAGGCCAUGGGGCAGCCCCGGCCUUUCGCAGUGUAAGGCGCGGGGACCCCCGCGGGCUCUCUUGACAAGUCAAGGGCCGGCAGGCGCGAGGAGUUGUUCCAGCCGCGGUCGCGGCCGCAGCCGGCCCGGGCUCCCGGCAUCAUGAACAUAGACGUAGAGUUCCACAUCCGCCACAACUAUCCUUGGAGCAAGUUGCCGGCCAACGUGAGGCAGAGUCUUGGAAAUUCACAGAGAGAAUAUGAAAAGCAGGUUGUCCUGUACAGUAUCCGCAAUCAGUUACGAUACAGAAAUAACUUAGUUAAACAUGUCAAGAAAGAUGAACGCAAAUACUAUGAGGAACUACUAAAAUACAGUCGAGAUCAUCUCAUGCUGUACCCUUACCAUUUAUCAGAUAUUAUGGUGAAGGGCCUGAGGAUAACACCAUUUUCAUAUUAUACAGGGAUUAUGGAGGACAUUAUGAACAGUGAGAAAAGUUAUGAUUCGUUGCCCAAUUUUACUGCUGCUGACUGUCUAAGGCUUCUUGGCAUAGGAAGAAACCAGUACAUUGAUCUGAUGAAUCAGUGUAGGUCAUCAAAAAAGUUUUUCAGAAGGAAAACAGCCCGUGAUCUGCUACCAGUAAAGCCAGUAGAAAUUGCCAUCGAGGCGUGGUGGGUGGUGCAGGCUGGAUAUAUCACAGAAGAUGAUAUAAAGAUAUGCACUUUGCCUGAGAAAUGCGCUAUUGAUAAGAUCAUUGAUGCAGGCCCUCAACUCGCUGGAUCGCUAGAUUACAAUGUAGUACAUAGUUUAUAUAACAAAGGGUUUAUUUAUCUGGAUGUACCAAUAUCUGAUGACAGUUGUAUAGCAGUUCCUCCUCUUGAAGGAUUUGUAAUGAAUCGAGUGCAAGGUGAUUAUUUUGAAACUCUACUCUAUAAGAUAUUUGUUUCAAUAGAUGAGCAUACUAAUGUUGCAGAGCUUGCAAAUGUCCUUGAGAUAGACUUAUCCCUGGUUAAGAACGCUGUUUCAAUGUAUUGCCGAUUGGGCUUUGCCCAUAAGAAGGGACAAGUAAUAAAUUUGGAUCAACUUCAUUCAUCCUGGAGGAAUGUUCCAUCCGUAAACAGAUUAAAGAGUACUUUAGAUCCACAAAAGAUGCUGCUAUCAUGGGAUGGCGGGGAAAGUAGGAGUCCUGUACAAGAAGCUUCAUCGGCUACUGACACUGAUACAAAUAGUCAAGAAGAUCCAGCUGACACAGCCAGUGUAAGCAGUUUGAGUUUGUCUGCGGGGUAUACAAAGCGCAUUGCGUUCCUGUUUGACUCAACUCUUACUGCCUUUUUAAUGAUGGGAAAUCUUUCACCAAACUUGAAAAGUCAUGCAGUCACAAUGUUUGAAGUUGGCAAGCUCUCUGAUGAGUCUCUGGAUAGCUUUCUUAUAGAACUAGAAAAGGUUCAGAGCACUGGUGAAGGAGAAGCACAGAGAUAUUUUGAUCAUGCACUCACUCUGAGAAACACAAUACUGUUUCUGCGUCAUAAUAAAGAUCUAGUUGCGCAAACAGCACAGCCAGACCAACCCCAUUAUGGUUUUCCUCUGGAUCUCUUGCGCUGUGAAAGCCUGCUCGGUUUGGAUCCUGCAACUUGCAGCAGAGUUCUAAACAAAAAUUACAUGCUGCUUGUUUCCAUGGCGCCUCUCACCAAUGAGAUUCGGCCUGUCAGCAGCUGUACCCCUCAGCAUAUUGGACCAGCUAUUCCAGAAGUCAGUUCUGUCUGGUUUAAACUGUACAUUUACCAUAUCACUGGGCAAGGACCACCAUCUCUUUUACUAUCUAAAGGUACAAGACUUCGAAAACUGCCAGAUAUAUUCCAGGGUUAUGAUCGAUUACUAAUAACGUCUUGGGGUCAUGAUCCUGGGGUAGUUCCAACAUCAAAUGUGCUCACGAUGUUGAAUGAUGCUUUAACACAUUCGGCAGUUUUGAUUCAGGGACAUGGUUUGCAUGGGAUAGGAGAAACUGUCCACAUACCGUUUCCAUUUGAUGAAACAGAGCUACAAGGAGAGUUCACUCGUGUCAGUAUGGGUGUUCAUAAAGCGUUGCAGAUAUUAAGGAACAAAGUGGACUUGCAGCAUUUUUGCGGAUAUGUCACCAUGCUGAAUGCUUCUAGCCAACUUGCAAAUAGAAAACUCAGUGAUGCUUCUGAUGAGAGAGGAGAACCGGAUUUGGCUUCUGGCUCAGAUGUAAAUGGGAGUACAGAGUCAUUUGAAAUGGUCAUUGAGGAAGCAACUAUAGAUUUAGCAACAAAGCAAAAUUCUGUUGCCACAAUAGAAGCAGAUUGGGUUCCUCUUGAACUGUGCUUUGGAAUUCCAUUGUUUAGUUCUGAAUUAAACCAGAAAGUUUGUAGAAAAAUUGCUACACAUGGCCUUUGCACUAAAGAGAGCCUUCAAAACCUCUUACAUUCCAGUAGAAAACUCUCUCUACAAGUCCUUAACUUUGUUCACUCAUUCCAGGAAGGUGCUUCAACACUGGAAAUUCACACUGAGGCCAGUUUUUCAAGUUGGCUUUCACAGUCAUCCUGUGGCGAUACGGGAGUUCCACUUCCUGCUAAGAACUUAAUAUUCAAAGACGGCAUCUUAUCAGAAUGGAGCGGACGGUCACCUUCCUCGUUUCUUAUUGCCAAUCUCCAUUUGCAGUAAUUUGGUCACACCAUUUGUUGCUCACACCCUCUGCCUUUUUUCUUUCUUACUGUUAGCUUUGUGGUUCCGGCACUAAAAAGCUUCGUGCUGCUGCAGUGCAGUUCACACUUCACUGAUGUGAAAGGCUUGGGGACACGUUCUUUUUUUCUGAAGGUUUCCUCAUUAGUGCACCUGCCAAUGCAGCAAAGAGCUUUUUAGCAGCCUGCACUGUACUUUUCACCUUGAGACAAUCUGCAUUUCUUUUAUAAAACUGAGGGUAUACUUUAUAAGCUUUAUGAUGACUGUUACGUUUAUAAGCAGUCUCUAUGAAUAUUGCAAUGGUAAUUUUAUAUGUUAGUUUCAGACAUAAAUCUUGUUUAAUUUUAUAUUUUGUUACCUACUCUUUAGGGGAUCAUGGGAAGAGGUAGAACUCUUCCUCUGAAAAGGCUUCUUGGUACUUAAAGUAGUAAAACUAUAAGACAAGAAACAUCCAGUAUUGAGAAAUGAGAUAAUGGGGCAUUAAGAAUUCCUGUGGAUGUCUGUAAAUUAUGUGUAUCAGUUGAACAUUGUUGAAAGUAUGUAAAUCAGCAUAAUUAUAACUUAACCUUGAUUUAUAAGGUCUUAACUCAGACUAUGACUGUAUACAUUGACAUCUCAUGAGAAGCUUUGGAAAACAUUCUAUUUUUAAACAGUGUUUAUAUGUGGACCUCUUGUCACUCACUUUGGGCUUUAUAUUUUCAUAGAGUCUUUAUGGAAAAAUAGAAUUUAUUUUCCACUCUCGUAGCUGUGGCUGCUGCACGUUUUCACCCUGAUUUAUCUUUACCAAUGACUCGUUACAAAAUUGAAUUUGUUGUUUUCAAACCGAGGAUUGUGAUUUUAGUUUAGAUUUACAUAUUAGAGGCAUUAAGGCUAUGUCUUCUGAUCAAAACGUGUUAAUGAUAAAUCUGCUUCAAGGACAUGUUCUUAGGAAAUCUGAAUCUUAAAUUUAUGUGAGUAGUUUUGGAGGAAAUGAUAAAGAAAAAUUGAGUAAUUUCAAAAUGUUUCUUGAGUCAUUGAAUCUUUUAGUAUCUCAAAUGUUAGAAUAAUUGGAAUCAUUUCUUAGAUUUUUCAAGUUACUUUACUUGGGAAGUUUGUGCAGUGUUAUAGCUUAGUUUAGCUCUUCUCAUAGGAUAACGGUUUGCUAGCUUAAAACUGUAACCAGAGUAACUGGUCAGAUAAUAAUAUAUAUCUAUAACACUUAAAGCAUUAGAAAAUUUGAGAAUGUUAUAACCUAAAUAAACAUUUUUGCUGAUCAUUUUUGUUAUUUAUAGAACUGAUAUUUGUGUAUUUAACAUACCUCUGGAAAUAUAUGCCUUUAUUAAAACUGUUACCCAUGCAUUCAAAACCAUUGCCUAACUACAGAAUUGAAUAUUCCGGAGCAGGUUUCUUGUGGCACAGUCAAUGCUGUGUUUGGGGUACACACAGUAACAUUUAGUUUUCUACUUUGUCUUCUAUGAGGUGGAAACCAAGUGUAUGUUAUAAAUGUAUCUAUAAAAGGAAAAAAUGCAUACUAAUAUUAAAAUAAUUUCUUAUGACUGUGAAUCACUUGUUUAUUUUUCCAGUAAUUGUAUUGUACAUUCCUAGUGCUAUUAGAUAUGUACGUAUAACUUUUACAGUUUUUCAACCUGAAGUUGUAAGUAUUUCAUUUGAUCAGGGCUCUUUAAUCUCCUUUUCAUUUGCUUUGUUUGAAUUAAUUGCAGUUUAUUUUAUUUAUUCCUGUAUUAACAAUCUAAGCCUACUGUAAUGACAUGUACACUAAUAAAGAAUUGAAUAUUUGUAGUUGUUGGCAAUGAACCCAGUUGUUCUUGAUUUUAACACUUAAAAUAUGGGAGUAAUCUGCUGCUAUAUUCCCUUUGAGAGAUAAUGGAGGAGGAAAUAGAACCUAAUAAUGAUCGAGGGUUUUAGGGAAAGUACUCAAAAAAUAUGUGGUCCACUCCGAUUUCUCCUGUGAUUGAGGAAAGAUUCUGAUUCCCAGCUGAAGACCACUCAUACUUUUAGAAGUGAGAAUCUGCAUUUUUAGAGCUGUUAGCAGAAUGUGAAAGCUGCUUUUAUGCUUUGCUUUAUGAAUUUGGCUUUGUUUAAUUCAUGUAAAGAUGCAUUCUUAAAUCGUACAAGUGUUGAUCCAAUUCACCAAGAAGGUAAUAGACUUUUAUUUGCCAAAGAAGAUUUAUGAAAGAAUUUUUGUCCAAUUUGUUUUUGCAGAUGUUUGAAGUAAUUUCAUUUGGCUUUGUGUUACCUCCCCUUUUCUUUCCCCCCACUAAACAUAGCUUAAACCAUGGCAAACAAUCUUUAGAAAUGAAGAGAAAAAAGAAAUAUCAAAGAGGACAUAGAAUUUAGUAUGGUACAGUUUCACCUCUCAGGUGGGUCUGAAGAAUGCAACUUUCUGUAAUUUUUAAAAAAUAUGAUCAUCUGAUUUUCUUGAUUCUUUUCUUGUUAAAUAGGUAAUGAAAUAAUUUUGUAUUUGUUUUUUUGGGGAUUAUCAGUUUCCUUGAUGUUUUCAGUUUUCUCUGCCAUUCAUGUUUCUCUUUUAUGUUCAGUGUUUCAAAUACAGUUUGUAUUUAAAGAUUUUAAAGAAACUGUAACUGAGUACAGUGGAUUGUUUUUUGGUGUAAUGUUAAUAUUAUACAGUGAAUAUAUAAAGUAUUGUCAAUUUGAUUAUUGACAUACAAUAUGUUUACAAAUAAACUGGUGUUGAUCAAGUUACUGCAAAAAUGUGUAUAAUCUUCUGUGAGUCCCUUUUAAUUUUAAAUAUAGCCAUGUUUUCAGUGCUGUGGCUUUCCUAUAUUUUUUUUAAAUAACCUUUUUAUUUUAUAAUAAUUUCACAUUUACAGAGAAGUUGCAAAGAUGGUAGAGAUGUUCUUCAUGCCCUUCUCUGAGCUGCCCCUAACUUAGGGUAAAUAAACUAUGGCACAUUUAUCAAAACUCAGAAAUUAACAUUGGUACAACACUGCUCACUAAGUUACAGACUUUGUUUUCAUCCUUUUCCCUCCAAUGUCCUUCUCCUCUUCCAGGAUCCAGCCCAGGAUACCACACUGCCGUGCUUUAGUCACUCAUGCCUCCUCAGCCUCGUCCAGUGUGGGACAGUUGCUCAGUUUUUCGUGACCUUGACAUGAGGAGUGCUGGUUAGUUGUUUUGUAGGAUGUCCUUAAUGUGGGUUAACCUAAUAUUUCCUUGUGAUGAGACUGGAGGUUAUGCUUUACCAGGAAGGAUGUGCCCUCUGCAUUGUACCGUAUCAAGGGGACGUGAAUCAACAGCCGUUCCUGGUGAUAUUCUUCAUUGGUUAAGUUCGUGUCUGCUAGGUUUUUCCACUGUAAAGUUACUAGCUUUUCACAUUACAAUCUUUUUUCCUUUGGAAGCAAAGUUCAGUCUGCACUCAAGGGGAGGGGGCAAUAUCUAUAUAUAUAUUAUUUAUAAUUUUUCCUCAAGAAAAUGUUUUCCUUUCUCCUACUUAGUUAUUUGAUCAUUUAUUUAUAUUAGUAUGUGAUCAUGGCUAUUUAUUUUAUACUUUGGAUUAAACUCUAAUACUAUUGUUUAUUUUGUACAAAUUGUUUCAUAGUACUUACAAAGUGGUUGCAGAAUAGUUAAGUUGUGCCCCUGGAGAAACAAAUUGACUAACUAUAGUGUUUAAGUACUUAUUUUGUCUUAAAGUUAUCCACCCAAAGCACCAUUUUCCAAAGUAAUUCAGUUCCUUUUACUCCUCACUUCUUUCAUUGAGGUUAUGUCAUACAUUUGUAAAGCAGAUUCAUUUGUCACCCUGUGCGUUCCAUCUGGCAUCUCUUGAUAUCCCAGUUGACUUACUCAUGCAGUAAAAUUCACUAUGGGCUUUGACAAGAGCAGUCCUGUGUUCACCUCUCAAUACUGUGCAGUUCUGUCACCCUAAAGAUUCCCUUUUGUACUCAAUUUCCCAUCCCACCUCUCACAACCAUUACUUGUUUUCCAUUCCUAGAAUUUUGUAUUUUCCAGAAUGUCAUAUAAAUGGUAGAAUUGCACAGUUCAUAGCGUUUUGAGUCUGGUAUCUUUUGCAUAGCAAAAGGCAUUUGAAGUUCAUAUUGUGUGAAUCAAAGCUUGUACCUUUCUUGUUAUUACUGAGUGUUUCAUCAUAUGACUCUUUUUAUCAUUCAUGUACAGGGUUUUUAUAUAAACAUAAUUUGUUUUGCCUGGGAAAAUACCCAAGAGUGGGAUUGCUGAGUCACUUGUUAAGUGUAUGUUUAACUUUAUAAGAAACUGCCAAACUGUCUUCCAAAACGAUUGUGCCAUUUUGCAUUCCCACCAGCAAUGAAUGAGAGUUCCUCUUGCAGUGAUAUCUCAUUGUGGUUGAGAUGUUCAUUUCCCUGAUGAAAACUGAUGUUGAGCAUCUUUUCAUGUGCUUCUUUGCCAUCCAUGUAUCUUUUUUGGGGAAGUAUCUGUUCAGAUCUCCUGCCCAAGUUUUAAAGAUUGGGUUUUACUGUUGGGUUGUAAGAGUUCUGUAUAUAUUCUGAAUAAAAUCCUGUAUCAGAUAAUGUAUUUUAUAAGUA